AAGCAGAACCAGGACUCCUUCUUGCUGAGCCCCUUCCUUGGGGGAGACCUUGGGGUGUCGCUGUUCGGCAUUUUCGAUGGGCACGGUCGUCAGGGGCACCUAGUGUCGUCCUUUGCUAAGAAAGUUCUGCCGUCCAUUGUGGGAUCCAAGGAGGAAGAUGGGGGUAACAGCGGGCAGGGGAUCCCUCAGCUACUGUCAGAGACCUGUAGCGAGCUUCAGCGUCUGCUCCUUGAGCAGACUGACUUCGACGUCAUGGCCAGCGGGAGCACAGCCGUCAUCGCGCUGAUAGUGGACGAUCUGCUGUUCGUAGCCAACGUGGGGGACUCGCGCGCUAUCCUCGCGCAUGCUAGGGAAAGGCUGGCGAUCGUGGCGAUGAGCACGGAUCAGACUCCAGGCGUAAAGGAGGAGAAAGAGCGGAUCGAGAGCCAUGGGGGAGUCGUCUACAGAGAUGAAGACGCGUACACUGGGGAGCAAGGGCCCUUCCGGGUGUGGAGGAGAGACCUUGCAGGUCCAGGGCUGGCAAUGUCACGUUCAAUUGGGGAUGCCAUUGCGCAUGACGUGGGGGUAACAGCGUUGCCGACAGUGAAGCAGUACGAGCUCAAGGACAGCGACCGCUUCCUCCUCCUCGCUACCGACGGCGUGUGGGACAUGCUAGAGAACAGCGAGGUUGUUGACAUCGCUGCGCGUGCGAGCGAGGACGGGAGGGGCGACCCGCUGAGUGCAGCGGCACAAGUUUGUGAGACCGCGAAGAAGGCGUGGGAGUUCAAGGAGACGCGGAUGGACGACAUCUCAUGCCUGCUGGUCUUCCUC